UCCGUCUCCUCCCCUCUCCUACCCCUCCCUCCGCUGCUUUGGGUGCCUGGCUCCUCUCUCUCUCCUCUCCCCAUUGCUGCUUUGUUCCUCGACCUGCUCAGCUCACUCCACCCUCUCCGCCAGCCUUGGGCAGCCUCACUCAAGAUGAUGGGCCCGGGUCUGUGCUCGCUGCUUCUCUCCUUCUGCCUCGCCCUCAGUUCCUUGCAACCAGCCAAGAGCAAGACCCUCCCCUCCAUGCCGGAAGCUGCCGCCUCGCUCCGCCACCGGAGGGACGCGCUGCCCUACGAGGCCGAGAUGUUCGCCUACCCGCCGGGCGAGGAGGAGGUGCCCCGGGGCGAGGCCGCCCCGUCUCACGCAGCGCUGGGGCGCCUGGCCCGGCUGGCGCUGGCGCUGGGACGGACGGAGGACGAGGAGGACGAGGAGGAGGUCGUCCCGGGACCCGCCCUGCGCAGGAGACUCGAGGAACGCGAGGAUGCCGCCUACCUGCGCCGCCUGCUCCGGGCCUGGAGGGAGCUGGGACUCGGCCUGGGCUACGAGGGGCUGCCCCGGGGCGGGGGUCUUCUCUAUGGGCCGUCCCGGGGCUUGGACGGAGGGGAGGAGGAGGGAGGGCAGGAGGAGGAGGAGGGUGGGGAGGAGGUCCUGAGGUACCUGCUGAGCCGGAUGCUGGCCGACGUGGAGGCAGGUGGGGGUGUCCCGGGACCCCGGAGGGUGAGGAGGAGCCCAGGCGCCGGAGCCGGGACCCCGCCCCGGGACCUGCUGCGGGUCAAGAGACUCCGAGGAGGGGGAGGAGGGCCGGGACGGCAGGAGGAGCUGCUGCUGGUGGGACAGGCCCUGAGCGACGGGCUAAGCGGCCGCCCGCGGGGGAGGGGGCAAUUUGCUGGGACCCACCGCGUCCGCCGGUCCCGGUCCGACGUCGACUUCCUUCCGGAUUAGACCCCCCGGGUGUUGCCCGACCCCCUCCCCAAUCCCCACCGUGACUCUGUCCCCUGCCGUGAAUAAACUGUGCAGUGUU